GAGCUGUACGACGAAGCGCGGCAAGCCGCUCAUCAACUUCGGGACCUCGCUCAAGUGCCAAGGGUGCAGGCUCCACAAGAAGGACGUGUACGGCGGGCCUGUGCCGCCGAAGGAGCCCUCGAUGCGGGCCCCAGCCAAGGGCAAGAAGCGGGCCCCUUGGACGGCCGAGGGCAAGCUCGAGGGCGAGCUCGCGGCCAUGCGGGCGGAGCUCGACGCUGCCAGGAAGAAGCUUCGUACGCAGGAGUCCGACCAGGGCGGGGCCGCGGCCAUGCACGUGGACGACGGCAAGUCAGGCGAGGACGCCUCGGCUGCGAGCGAGAUCAAGGUGUGCGAGGCAGGCCUGGCCACGCUCAAGGACGUGCAGCACGACUGGGCCACGGGCCCGCGGGAGGAUCUCAAGCGCAGGCUCGCCGCCGCCAAGGACAGGCUCUUCGCCGCCAAGCCGCUCCACGCGCGGGUGCAGGCGCUGGCCCACAGGCAGAAGAAUCUGGCGGACAAACUCAGCAAGAUGGAGCUGGCCGAGCGCGAGGCGGAGGACCGUGUCAAGAAGGCGCAAGACGAGCUGGAGCUCAAGCGGCAUGGUGUCAGAGAGCUCAAGGCGCAGCAGGUGGCCCUCCAGGCGGAGCAGUCGGCACUCCAGCAGCAGGUCCCAGUCGCGCCAGAGGAUCGUCCGCCUGGGCAGUCCAUGGAGCACGACGUCAUCAAGAACACGGGCGGCCUCACCCUCGGCGACCUGGCGCAGGCUCUCAGCGGUGCUCUGGCCGCUCACCCCGACGACACCAUGCAGACCGCGGGCGAUUUGCCGCAGCGGCUGGCCUCGGCGCUCGGCGGGCCCCUCCAGGAGCUCAUGCUGCGGCGGCAGCGCGAGCGGGCCGCCGCCACGGAGGCAGCGAGCGCCCCUCGCACCCCUGCAGCGUCCGUCGAGGGAGACGACGCCGCCGCCGCCGCGCAUGGCGCAGGCACUGCAGGCGGCGCCGCCCCUGCAGCCGCAGCGCCGCGCUGGGAUCCCGCCGCGAUGGAGCCCGAGAAGCUGCGGCAGACCAUGGCGGAGUUCUCGCCAGGGCCAGCAGAGGAGACCAGCGACGCCAUGCUGGCGCGCGCCACGGAGCUGGCCGUCAGGGGCACUAUCACUACCAGCAACGUGACUUCCUGGGGUUCAUUGGCGCCGUGCCUAGAGACCCUCGAGUCGCACGUCGUUCUCGUCCAGGAGCAUCACCGACGGGACGAGGCGAAGCUCGCCGACCUGCAGCACGAGGUGCUGGAUCACGGGUUCGCGGGCAUCUGGGCGCCAGCAGUGGCAGGCCCCACCUCCGCGGAGGGCACUACGGGCGGCGUCGCGGUCUUGGCCCGCAAGAACAUCCCCGUCACGGCCCCGCCGCUGCUGCCCUCGGCGACACUGUGGCCAGGGCGACUGGUGGCCGCCCACGUGCACUGGGGAGUCCGUGGCGGCAUUGUCUUCGUGUCGGCCUACCUGGUCGACAGCGUUGGCAUGAACGACGUGAACCGAAGCAUCUUCGGCGCGCUCACUCGCUACCUCACGAAGCUCACGGCCUCGGGCAUCGAUUGGAUCGUCGGCGGCGACUUCAAUGGGCCUCCCAGCUGCCUGCCCCUGGCGCAGUUGGAAAAGGCGGGGGGCCUCUGGCUAGCGCCGUCGGCCGACACCUGCCGCCCACAGGCGGGCAGCGGCUCGGUGCUGGACUACUUUCUGGUCGGUGCAAACCUGGCCAGCCGCAUCUCGGCUCCGAGAGUGGAUGAGUUGGGCAUCACCUCCCCGCACCUCCCUGUCAACAUGGAGCUGCGUGCCGCCGACCUGGACAUGCGCGUGAGGAUCCCGAUCGCCCCCAGGGCGAUUCCAGCGGUGCCGCCCAUCGGCUGCAGCCGCGGUGUCGAGGACUGGGCGCCCACUUUGGCCCAGGUGCGCGCCACAACCAGCGCCGAGGAGCUGCCAGCAGCCUGGGACGCCGUCGUCAGCACCUUGGAGCAGGAGCUGUUGGACCGCUACGACCAGGUUGGCGAAGCGCGCAGGCGGUUCGAAGGACGUGCGGGGCCCAUUGCGACCAAGCUGGCGCCAGUCAAGUGGAAGCCGCAAGGGCAGCGUGUCCGAUUGGGGCCUGAUGUCAUCGCGGCCAAGGUCGCGGGCCGAUGGGCGCGUCACUUCAUGGGGGUCAGCGCGUUCCUCGCGAAGGCCAGCAGGAGGCUGCAAACCGCCAGCCUGCAGUGCUCCCUUGUCCCUGAGCAGUACCACGAGCUGGCGGACUUCGUCGCGAGGGCUUUGGAGUAUGGGCGCGUGGUUAUGGACAGCAAGAAGACGCUGGCACUGCUCCCGCAUUGGGUGAGGUCCUUCUUCGAGCAGGGCUUUCGCGUGAUCGGCAACACCGACUUCCUGGAGCAGGCGGGCCGCGUCGUCCAGUUCGCCAAGGACGCCCACGCGGACGCGCUCAAGGUCAGGCAGCAGAGCUGGAUCCAGUGGGCCAACGACAGCCUGCGGAACGGCGCUGGCAAGGCGCACCGCUUCACCAAGCUGCGGGCGAUGCAGGAGGUGCUGGCGCAAUGGCAGGGCACCCACACCGAGCUCACCACUGGACGGCUCGCCCAGACCUUCGUCCCGCAGCAGCAGGUCGCCAGCCAGCACCUGAUCUGCGACCGGGAGAUGAAGGCCUGGGAGGACGUCUGGUCGUGCCACAAGCUCGAGGCGCUGGAAAGGCCAGCUGACUUCGACGAAUGGGACGACCUCGAAGACCUCACCGUGGAGGCGCUGCAGCGGGCCGCCUGCAGCUUCCCCACCACCACGGCGCUCGGCCCAGCGCAGAUCGGCAUGCGCGCGCUCACCUUUCUCACGGACGACGGCGUUUACACCUGCGGCCAGCUCUUCAUGAAGUGCGAGGCGCUGGGGGCUUGGCCCAGCGAAAGGCUGUGGCACGCUAUGUGCCGCAUCCCCAAGGCCUCUGGCGGCUGCAGGCUGAUCACGCUGAUGCACUCGCUAAUCCGAUGGUGGUCGAGGGCUCGUGCCUCGACGUCCAAGGCGUGGCUGACGGCGCACCCCAAUGCCAGUAUUUGGGGCAUGGGCGGCGGCAGAUCUUCCUCCGACUCCGCCUUCGACCUCAACCUUGAGACGGAGGUAUCGGACUGCCUGGACGAGCACGUCGUAAUCGUCAUGCUGGACGCCUGGAAGUUCUUUGAGACGAUUAAGCCCGAGUGGCUACUCAUCGAGGCGCGGCUGCUGGGCAUGCCGCUGCGGUUGGUCUGGAUGUUGAUUGAGCUAUACAGGCAGCCGAGGCGGCUGCAAGCUUUCGGCUCGGUGUCCUACGCGGUCGUGUCACAUCAGGGCGUGCUCGCAGGAUGCACUCACGCCUGUGCCAUGGUCACCUUGCUCAUGUUCAGGCUGCUCGAGCAGGUGCGAGAUGCAGGCGUCACCCCGAGGGCCCUCAUCGACGACGUCACCUUGCAGUGGCGCGGGAGGCGGCUCUCGCAACUGGGCGUGCUUUGGGCGGCCACCACCAGGUUCCGCGAGGGCGCCCAGGAGCGAGGCAUUGUCGUGCAGCCCACCAAGUCGGGCUACUUGGUCUCAUCGGACGCGGCUGCUCGCGAGUGUGCCCGACACGCGGCGGCCCGCAAGCUGACCAAGAUGCGCUGGGCCCGCAACCUGGGGCACGAUCUGGGCGGGCGCAGAAUCGCGAGGCUCCAGACGGCAAAGCGGGUGCGGCAGCUCAAGGAGCGGCGCGGCAAGUUGGCAGCUUUCAAAGGGGAUACGGCGAUCAACCUCCUCACCACGUGCCCGAAGGACGUCAGGAUGCAUCUGACCGGCGGCGUGCAACGCUGGCAGGCGAGGCAGAUCGCGGCGCACCACCGCCAGCACGGCGAGGUCAAGCCUUGGGUGCGGGCCAUGCGGCUCUGCGUGGGCGACGGGCGCGCGGCGUUGGCGGAGGGCCCGUCGGCCACCAGCCUGCGUCACCACUGGGCGACGGUGGCCUGGACGCAACAGGCCCAGCACGACCUUGGGCUGGCGGCGGCGCCGAAUUGCAGGGCCUGCGGACAUCCGUCCGACUCGCCUGGGCACAGAUUUUUCGGCUGCGAGGUACUCGUGCAGCCGCUCACAGAGGAGGAGCAGGACGAGCAGCUGCCGCCCGAGCCGAUGCAGGCCAUCCGCACCUUCAUGUGCGACAAAGGCCUGCAGGAGGGCGGCAGCUUCGAGAGCGCCGACUUCCAAAUGUGCUUGCCCUGCAUGCCGCCAUUCGUGCCGCCCGCCGCGGAGCAGGCCGAGGUGAAGUUCUGGGGCUGCUGGCCUAGCCAAGGGGCGGACACGGCUUCCUGCAGCAACGCCGUCUUCACCGAUGGCUCAGCGCGGCCUGAAGUGAGAUGGAUCCCCGCGCAUCAGGACAUGGAUGCGUACUUGGACCGAGGCCUCCACCCGCUGCUGUACUCUGGCAACAUGUGGGCCGACUGGUUCGCUCGGCAAGGAGCCAUGCAGCACACCGUGUCGAAGGUGUACGAGGAGUUCUACAACAUCGAGCUGCAACACUACAAGAGCCUGGCAAAGUACGUCGGCUGGGCGAUGCAGAGGACGAUGCACGCAGGCCGCUGGGAUGCGCCCGAGCAGACAGCCCGCCCGCCAAAGGUGCCCAAGGUGCAGGCGGCGACUGUGAUCAGCCACUCCCUGGUUCGCCUGAACGGGACGGCGGUGGUGCUGUGCCGCGCUUGCUGCAGGCAGACCAGCGGGCAGACGGGGCCCACAUGGACGCAGUUCGCGCGUUCAGCUUGCGAGGCCAGCCAGUACACCGCGCUGCGGGCCGAGGCCAUCAUCGCGCACGUCGGCGCGCAGCCCAUUGUGGUCUCGGAGGCGGGCGAGUUCGCUAUGCAGGCGAUCGAGCGCGCGGCGUGCCCCGAAGAUGCGGGGCCCACGCCAGCCGAGCCUGCCCCCUGGGGCUCAGGGGACGGCACCAUCGAGAUGCAGGGGCACAGGCUGAGGCGCGCAGGGCCCACCAUCUACUGCGAGGUAUGCGUGGCGUGGGCGGCGACAGGCUCCUCACUGGCCCGGGCUGCGCCCUGCGCUGGCCCGCCCAGCGCCGAGGGCAAGAACCAGCGCACCUACCUGUCCAACCUCAGGGCUCCAGACGGCCCCAGAACAUGGGCCACAGCGGCGGCCAGCGCGGCCGCGGGCGACAUGGCCUCUGGGGGCGACGGCGCUGCAGAGCGGCCAAGCGGCAGGCACGCGCAGAAGGAACAGGGCGAGGCGACCAGGCCUGGCCAGGACCACGAGACGCGCGAGGUGCCUGCAGGGGCUGGAGGUUCCGACGCAGUCCAGACCAAGAAGCCUGAUUGGCGGGUGCGACGGCAGGAGCUCCUGGAACGGAUGCAGCGAAGGCAGCAGCAUCUGCUAGCCGAACGUGGUCCAGCAGCCGCCAGCGGCGCGCAGCGUGAUGAGGGAGACAUGGCCGACGGCAGCUUGCCCUCGGCCUAUGGAGCGCACCAAUGCCCCGACGGGGGCACCACUGGGCUGGUGACGCUCCAGCCGCCGCCAGCUGCCCCAGACGUGGGGGUGGUCGAUGCCUGUCUGGCGGCGGGGCCGUCGCGGCUGCCUGCGCCCUUGAGGUGUGACCUGGCACACGUGGUGACGCUGACCACGGACCACCAGGAGGGCGCCGUGACCAGCCCUCAGGACAUGAGCAGCCCGCCGCAGCCGUUCUCGACUACCGAUAUGGCCAGCACCAGGGGUGGCAGGGGACCUGCAAAGUGCGGUCGCGAAUGCGGCCCCGCCCUGAGUGCUGGCAGGUCUGACAACUCGCAGCUGGCGCUGCCAGGCAUGGCCAGUGACAAGGGUGGCAGGAGGCCUGCAAGCCGCGACCCUGAGUGCGGCCCCACCAUGGGCACUGGCGGCGACGGCAGCCAGGCCCACCGCGUGCGGCGACGAUUUACGGCCUGGGCCAGGGGUGGCAGGGGACCUGCAAUGUGCGCGCGUGAGUGCGGCCCCGCCCUGAGCCCAGGAUGCGACGAGGACCGCGACGGCAAGGGCAUGGCCAGCGCCAGGGGUGGCAGGGGACCUGCAAAGUGCAGUCCUGUGUGCGGCCCCGCCCUGGGCACUGGCAGCGG